AUGUCCUAUUACGACAUCGAUGCAAUUUUGACAGAUGCCCAAAAAGUUCCCUGCACCUUCGAACUCGACGUCCCCUCCUUAGGCUACUUGGACAAUAAUGCUGGCCACACGCUCAGGUCUGGUACUCGUGUGGAUCUGCCGCUCUGGCUCGCAGAAAUGCUCGCCGUCUCCGCGCCAUCCUCCUCGAAAUCUCUCGUGACGCUAGACAUACCACCCAGUCUUGCACCCCGCGUCAUGAAUGCGCUCAAGGCAGACCCUAAGAGUGUCGAUCUACGAGCAUUGGCCCAGCACUUUUAUGGCCUAGGUGCUAGGAUAUUGGAGCUGUUUGAGGAGGAGGAGAUCUGUGAUGUUCUAAUGGAGGGUUGGAGGACGAGGGCGGCCGAGAUUAGCGACCAUGCAAGUAAUGCGGGUCAGGGACAACGAGGCGGCGGGGGCGGUGUCGGAAGUGAUGGGGUGGAGUUUUUGAGGGGUUUGGAUGAGGCUGAGAGGGGGUUAUUUCGAGUACAACAUGAUAGCUCCAAGGCGAUCAGGGUUUGGAUGGGGGAGACGAAAAAGGGGUGA